AUGGCUGAGAACUGUUUGAUUGCCCAGCAUUGAUAAGCAACUGGAUACAUCACCCUAGCGUUGUAGAACCAGCCUGAUUGCUGAGUUUACAAUUGUAUCAGUCAGGAGUCCCUACUCAUCGGACUGGUUCCACCAGGAUGACAUCCUUGAGGUUAAGAUUCUACCAUGGUUACCCUCGACUUUCGGGAGGGGUAGACACACCCCAGUCUCUGAUUGGUUACAGGCGGAUGGGGUUUGGGGAUAAAUAGUAUCUCUAUCUUCUAGACUGUCACGUCUGGUUCGUCUACUGUCUCGCCUUUGUAAGCGCCAUCUACGUCUGUGGCACCCCCACUAUCUCCCCCCGUGGUGUCUGGCUAUGGCCGCGUCAUCAACAGUGAGGAGGCUGUGCCCCACUCCUGGCCCUGGCAGGUGUCCCUGCAGCAAUCUGGCACCCACUUCUGCGGAGGUUCCCUGAUCAACGAGUACUGGAUGGUGAUUGCCGCUCGCUGCGAUGUCAAGACCUCCCAUCGCGUGGUCGUUGGCGAGCAUGACAUGCGCAUGAGCAAUGAGGCCAUCCAGAUCGUGAAGCCUGCUAAAGUGUUCACCCACUCCAGGUGGAACCUCAGCACCAUCAAAAAUGAUCUCAUCCUGAUCAAGCUGGCCACCCCUGCCACCCUGAGCGCCAAAGUGUCCCCCAUGUGCCUGGCUUCCUGAGCGCCAAAGUGUCCCCCGUGUGCCUGGCUUCCUAAGCGCCAAAAUGUCCCCUGUGUGCCUAGCUUCCUGAACGCCAAAGUGUCCCCCGUGUGCCUGGCUUCCUGAGCGCCAAAGUGUCCCCCGUGUGUCUGGCUUCCUGA